AUGCUGACGAAGCUUGCACUGAUACUGACUGUACUAUUAGCAGCAGCCACAGAAACAUUAGCCAAAGAAGAAACCAUCAAAAAUAUCGUUGUAUUUGGCGAUUCGUACUCGGAUGUGGGCAAUCAUCAGCGACUGACUAACGGGCCUGUUUGGAGCGAGCAUCUGGCUGUAGGCUGGAAUGCCUCGCUGUAUAGUUUUGCCUUUAGUGGAGCUGUCUGCAACAACGACAUGUAUUCCAGCGACACCACUUUUAUCCCGAGCAUCACAGAUCAAGUAGAGAUGUUUUACAACCAAAAGAGCCUGCGAGAGUUGGACAUGGAGGAGACAGCCAUCAUCUUUUGGGUGGGCGUCAAUGAUGUGUUCAGGAUGUUUGAAAAGAACGGGGAUGACAACAUGGCAGCACUAGAGCAAGAUUACCAACGAGUGGUGGAUUGCAUUGGGACCCAUAUUAGAAAUAUCCGUAGAAUCUAUGCGUCCAACAAAUUCAUUGUGUUUGGCGUCCCACCUUUGGAACGCAUGCCAUUCUACGCCAACACAGAUUUAGCAUCGAGUAGGGAGACAGCUGCCAACCAAUUAAACGAGCAAUUGACCAAGGAAGUGGAAAAGAUGAACAAGCACCUUCAAUCGCUGGAAUUGGAUCUAGUGGACAUUCAUAAGAUGCUGGACGAUAUAGUCGACCACCCAAGCAUGUUUGAAAUCAUCAAUGCCAAGGACCCUUAUUGGGACGCUUGUCAAGGCCAGUGUGCAGACGAGGUGGAUGCUUAUGUGUGGUGGGACAAGACACAUUUGACAGGAGGUGUGCAUCGUCUGAUUGCCAACAGCAUUUUAAUGGCAGGCUCUCUCGCUCCUGAGACCUAUCUUAGUGAUAAAGUGGAUGUAAACCAGCUCCUGCAAGAACCGCAUUCGCCCUAUAAAUCACCCAUUUACAAGCCAAAGCGAAAUACCGGUGAGAUCGACAGGGUCAUUAGGAAGCUCAACGAGGAAAAGGAAAAGGAGCAGCAUCAGCAUCAGCAAGAUGAUUUGCUGAAUGAUCAGGAUGGACACCAAACAUCACAGUCAUCAGCGACGACAACGACGCCCACACACCAUUUCGUCUAUUUCGGUGUAUCUGCCACCAUCAUUGUCUCUAUUGCAUUUUUGCUAUUCAUCAAGACAAAGCGUAGAAGAAGAAAUCAUUUGGCUGCAUUAUCUGGACUUUUGAAAAGCAAUACAGACAGAGGCCGAUUCAUGCCUUUGAGAAAUAUGGAUUCUGAGCAAGUGUAG